AUGACUUAAAGGGAAAGAUUAAUUUAUAAUCAUUAAACACAAAAGGUUAAUAAUCUCCAGAAUAAUCUAGAAAUAGAAUAAGUACUGAGAAACUCUAAAACUUAAUUAGAGGAUUAAAGAAAGUAACUAAUUGAGCAAGAAAUCAAGAUGAAGAUUUUGGCUCAUUAGUAAAAAAAAGAUUAAGAAUCAAGAAAAAGCUAUAAGAGGCGAAGUAGUAAAGCAAUUAGACUAUCAUGCAACUCUUAAAAUGUCUCGAGAACAUCAUAGUUUAAUCCAUUAAACAAAUAGUUAGAAUAAAUAAGAGCAUCUGAGUCAGAUUUUUCUGAAAAUAGCCAAUAUUAAAAUGUUCUAUGUGAUGGCAUUAAGUCAUACUAAGCGAUAGAGCCAAUGAAAAUAAUUAUUUCCAACUAAAAUGCUGAUGAGAGGAAAAGAGAAAGUGUAAGGAAUAAUUAGUAACUACCAUCGAAUUUUAUAUAAAAACUUGAGGCUUCAUAAGGUGGAACUGUAGGUGGAGAGAUUUUACUUGAUAGUUUUAUGCUUAAGAGUUCUGAAAUGAAUAAUAAUUAUACUUAGUAUUCUGGCAUAGGAUCUUACUUUAUUACUAGUCAAAAUUAAUCAAUAGCAGAUACAAGGCAAGGCAAUUAUAAUCCUUGCGCUUCGUAAAUGGAUAGGACAUUCCAAGAUGAAAAUCCAAUUAUUAUUUCAGAUAGUGAAGAAGAUGGUUCAAUAUCUGGACCAGAUGUUGAACAUUAAGAUUCAUUACCAAAAAGAGGUAACUCUUAAAGAAUUGAAGUUCUGCAAAUCAAUGAAAAUAAUUAUGGAAUCAGCCCUUCAAAUAAUGCUGAUAGGAAAUAAAUUUCAGGAAAUCUCACAACAAAAAAUGUUGACUAUCAUUAUAAUUUCAAGUAUUCAUCAGCAAGUAAUUAAAAUAAAUACUAAUUGUCAAACAUGAAUGGAUCUUCAGCAAGUGUUUUAUACAACUACUUAAAAGGAGGGUCAUCUUCUGAUCAUAUUAAUAAAACCUUUGCUAGUGGUCAGGUGUCUCGAAAAGCUAGCUCCUAAUUAAGAGUAGUAAAAUUCAAAAAUAGCAAUACUCUUAUUAGUAGAGGUAGUACUUCGAAAGAAGUUGAUAAGUAUUUACAGAGAUUAAAUAAUUACGAAGACGAUGAAUAUUGGAAGAAUAAGCCUACGAUUCUAGAGCCUUAAAAAUAUAGGCUUAGCAUAACUGAUAUGAAAUUCGACUUUUGA